AGAAAAGGUAAAAAAAAUAUAUGUCCUCUCCCGAGUCGAAAAUAAACAAAGCUCGCUCUCUCUCUCUGGGUAAAAAAAAAAANAAAAAAAAAAAGAGAUCUACUCAAUUCUGUUGAAAAGAAGAAAGAAAAGGUAAAAAAAAUAUAUGUCCUCUCCCGAGUCGAAAAUAAACAAAGCUCGCUCUCUCUCUCUGGGUAAAAAAAAAAAAAAGAGAGAAAAGAGGUCUCUCUCUCUCUCUCUCCUCCUCCCUCAAGGCGGUCGCUCCUCACCGUCGCCGUCGCCAUCGCUCCGGGGGCGCUCCGAGGCUACUCGACCCGAAGCGCGCUCCGAAGUACGCUCCGCUACCGUCGCAGUCGUCCUCACCGAUCCGAGGCGCGCUCCGAGGCGCGCUCCGUUGCUAUGGCCGGCGUCGUUGAUGCCCACUCCGCGACGUCGAGGCCGCUUGCGCUGAUGAUGGCCGUCUCCGUCGACCCUCGGCUUGAACAUGCUCCAACCGCUGAUGGCCGUUUCCGCGCUGUCGCCGUCAACCUGAGGCACGAUGCAUUGCCGUCGCCGCCGCUCCUCGACCAUUCCGCAAGCAUGGCCGCGGACUCCAACCCGACAGCAUCAACUCCGACAUCACCGCGAGCCGCCAUCGCCGCCGCUCCUCGACUUCUCUGCGCGCAUGGCCGCGGACUCCACCGACCUCGCCGUCCUCGACUCGAAGCCGCGCCACCCGCGGCCGAUCUGCCUGAAGCCGCGCCACCCGCGGCAGGUCCGCCCGAAGCCACGCAGAAGCUCCGUCGAAGUCGCCGUCACCCGAAGCCGCGCCACCCGCGGCCAAUUCGUCGAUGCCCAUGCCGAGCCGCCGCCCAUGACUCCGCUCGUGAUCUCGGCCGAUCCGUCGACGCCCGCGCGCCAUCGUCGACUUUGAUGGCUCGAACCCGAGGAGUUCCCUCUGAUGCCGCGUCACUCCACCUCGAAGGCCACAGCCCCGUCGAUGCCGCGCCGCUGUCGUGACUCUUCACCGCUGCAGAGCGUCGCCGUCACGGCCCUCCUCUGUCGCGGUCUCAGAUCCGCGGCUCCAUUGUUAAGUCACAACCCCAGCGGAGCUCCGUCAUCAACAAUGCCCGCCAACAGAGUCCGCCCACCAACCGCUCGACGGCGAACCUGAGAGAGAGAGCGGUGCUCUCCUCUCAAACGGGUUCUGCCCGCCAAGUGCUCGAUGUAUCCGGAAUCCGCCCACCAACCGCUCGACGGCGAAUCUGAGAGAGAGAGCGGUGCUCUCCUCUCAAACAACGGCAAAUUCGAGAGAGAGAGAGAGAGAGAGAGAGCU